AUGGGAAGUCUUAAGGACGAGAUGAGAGGUUUCAGAGAGGACCACCAGCCUCACGACAAGACAGAUGAGGGCGAGCGUUCAGGUGGCUCGGAUGACGGCGCCUUGCCAGAGGGAGCUCAGUUAAACACAAGUCAAGAGUCAACAGCCCGAGGGGACCAUCAGCCAAAACAACACACGAACACCAGCCACACUGAGGAGGGAGGUGAGAGCCCGACAUCCACAGAUCAAGUGCUUUCAGGGGAGGAUAGAGAGAACCCUGACUCAACACAAAUGAAAGACUGCACACAGACCGAUGCCACCACUCCGACACAACAACCUGAAGCUGAUGAAACAACCGCUCAUCCUACAAACAUGACAAUCUGUACCAAGUCCCUGAAGAACGGAGAUGCUGACAUUCAGAGGGAAAAGUCUGAGGAUGGUAGUGUAGGUCCGGACAGAGAAAAGGAGCCAGAAAUUCUGACCAUCCUGGUGCCAUCAGCCACAGACCCCUCCAACCCUCUUUCUCCAGACCCACGUUCCCCAGCUCCUCCUGGACAGCAACACAUGCGCACGCAGGUGAGCCUGGAGGUCGUCCAGUGUCGCUCUGCCGCCACCAGCCCCAUGACUCCUCCCGAGGGCGUCCAUCCCUUCUUCUUCCCAAUCUCCUUCGGGGGAUCCGGAGCUGUGGGCCCUGACACUAAAGAAGCCGAGCUACAGGUGGGUCAGCAGGUGGAGUUCUGCUCCGUCGCCACGUCCCCCAUGACCCCAAAGACGCCGUCGACCACCGCUUUCCCCGAACUGACCGGGAGGGAGAUGGUGCAGAGGGGGGAGCCAGUGAAAGGAUCAGAGGAUCAGAGGGAGAGCGGCACACAAGAGAGUUUCCCUGUGACAAGAAGUCUGACAGAAGCUGAGUCAGAGAUAACCUCAGCUUUGAAAUGUGCCAAAUCAACCGAGCGGAAUGACGGCUCCAGCUCUGCCAGCCGCACACAGUCACAAGUUACUGUGGCUGGUAGUGAUCAGCAGAGUAAGCAGCAGAGGAUGGGAAGCAUGGAUCAGGACAUUACAAUCCUGGUCACCCACCAUGGCAACAAUGAGGAGGAAGACGAAGACAAUAAUGAGUUAUGUUCUUACUCCAUUGAGCCAGAGAUGGUCAAGAUAGAUGAAUAUGAGGAACAUGGUGAAAACAAGAGCGAUGGAGAUGAGAAGAUCUCCACAGGGGUUGAUGCUCCUGAUCAGAAUCCUGAUCUUGCCAGUGGACAACCAAUAACCAAAAUGAAACCUGACAGUUCAGAAGGCAGAGAAAAUAAAGAUGUACGUGACGAGUCUGUGACAAAACCUCCGGUCCCUGAAUCUCCAGCUCCCUUCGGCUGCCACAGCAUCUGCACACAGGUGAGCCUGGAGGUGGUGCAGUGUCAGUCUGUGGCCACCAGCCCUAUGACCCCUCCUGAGGGGGACCUUGCCUUCUACUUCCCAAGCUCUAUUGGGAGAUGUGGGGCUGUGGGUGCAGGGACAAAAAAUGCUGAGAUGCAGGUGGAUCAACAAGUGGAGUUUCGAUCAGUCGCUACAGCGCCCAUGACCCCGAGGACGCCCAUCACCACCACGUUUCCCGAGGUCAUGAGGGAGGCAUGUACGGAGGAGAAGAUAGUGGAGGAGGAAGAGGUUAAAGACGAGCAAGUCAAGGAAGAGGUAGAAUGUAAAGAGGAAGAGAAGAUAACUGAAGAGAAGAAAAAGGAAGCAGAAGAAGACGAGGACCAAACAGAAUCAAUAAACUGUCAGGAGAAGGAUGAGGAGAGUUGUGAGGAGCCGGUGCAGGAGGUGAGCUGGGACGAUAAAGGGAUGACGUGGGAGGUGUAUGGAGCUGUAUUGGAAGUGGCCGUGCUUGGCUCAGCCAUCCAGAAACACCUGGAGAAGCAGGUGAAGAAGCAGAAGCCGUCCAUGCCGCCCCCGCCUCCUCUCAACCCCUCGGCCAUGCCCCCCUCAGAGGCCUCCCAGGGCGGGUCUGGCUCAGGGUCGGGCAAAGGCCGGGCCGGGAAGAGAGGGAGUCGGGACGGGAAGGGGAGUCGACGCCGGAGAAACCCGUUCCGUCAGCUGAUGGAGAACAUGCAGCAGCCCCACUGCUGCUCCAGAGCUCACACCAACGAGUGA